AUGUCCUCCCAACCCAUCGAAAUCCAGCCCAGAAACUCGCCAGGUGUCGUUGCAGCAUCCCCAACCUCUUCUUCUUCUCUCCAUGACAGGCUCCGCCAUUCUGAGUCUAUAGGACAGGGUCUCUCCAAUGUUCGUCAGCCAAAGGUUCUCCAUCCGAUCGAUAACGAGGACUUGAGACUCUUGCUCCUCGAGAACAUCAGCCAGGAUGCCGUGUCAGCUUUCCGCUCGCAAGGUUUCCAGGUCGAUCAUUACACAAAAGCCAUGUCAGAAGACGAGCUGGUCGAAACAAUUCCCCAGUACCACGCUAUUGGGAUUCGUAGCAAGACAAAGAUCACCGAGCGCGUGAUCAAAGCUGCACCCAAGCUUCUUGUUAUUGGCUGCUUCUGUAUUGGAACCAAUCAAGUUGAUGUCCACACUGCAGCCAAAGCAGGUAUACCGGUGUUCAACUCUCCCUUUUCCAAUUCGCGAUCAGUUGCAGAGAUGGUCAUCUCCGAAGUAAUUGCGCUUUCCCGUCAACUCUUCCAGCGUGCAUUUGAGAUGCGUGAUGGCCUUUGGAAUAAGCAGUCCAAAGGUUGUUGGGAGAUUCGUGGAAAAACCCUCGGCAUCGUGGGCUAUGGUCAUAUCGGUGCACAGCUAUCCGUCCUUGCAGAAGCGUUUGGCAUGCGUGUCUUAUUCUAUGAUGUGAUCAACAUUAUGCCACUGGGCUCAGCUCGCCAAGUAGACACUCUCCCUACUCUUCUCGCAGAGUCGGAUUUCGUUACUCUCCACGUUCCUGAGCUUCCCGAGACCAUCAACAUGAUCUCACGCGAGCAGCUUCUCCAGAUGAAAACCGGAUCCUACCUCAUCAAUAACGCUCGUGGACGUGUGGUUGACAUUCCGGCCCUCGUCGAAGCGGUUCAGUUUCAAUGGUGCCCCCUUGAUGACCAAAUCAACUCUUGGGCUAGUAAUCUCCGCUCGCUUCCCAACGUCAUCCUCACGCCUCACAUCGGUGGGUCGACAGAGGAAGCUCAACGCAUGAUUGGGGACGAAGUGUCACAGUCAUUGAUUCGUUACCUUAACUACGGUUCAACAGUCGGAUCUGUCAAUUUCCCUGAAGUCGACCUUCGCCCUAUUACCGCGGAACAAGGAACUAGUAUCCGUGUAUGCCACGUGCACAACAACCAACCUGGUGUACUCAAGCAAGUCAAUGAAGUGCUGUCACCUUAUAACGUCGAAAAACAGUAUUCGGACUCCAAGGGUGAUGUCGCGUAUCUGUUGGCGGACAUUGCAGACGUAAGCCCUAUGGAUGUGAACAGGCUGAGAGAGAUGAUUAACAAAACGAGCGCGAAUAUCUUGACGCGAUUACUUGCAUAA